AUGAAUGUGCUAUUCCUUUCUUAUAAUAUUUGUAUUCUUUUUUUAUUUGUAUGCACAUUAAAAUUUUCUACUAAGUGCUUUUCUAAUGAUUUAUUGAAAAAUCAAAAUAUCGUAAACAAAACUUUUAAUUUAAUAUCUCGAAGAUUAUUAGACGAAACCGAAUUAGAAAAAAAUAAAAAUGACAAUUCAACUUCUGAAAGGAUAGUAAAAAGUGAAAAAGAUAAAAAGGAUUAUGCACAUGGAACUAGCAAUGAUAACAGUAAGAAUUUUUAUGAAAAUAAUAAAUUUUUUCUUUCAUCUGAUCAAUUAAACAUUACUGAUGUUAAUGAUAAAGAUAAUGAAAACUCUGCAAGUGUAACAAAUAAUAAUUUAAAUAAAAAAAAAAAUAAAAAUCAUAAAAAUGAUAAAAAUAGUAAAAAUCAUAAAAAUGAUAAAAAUAGUAAAAAUAAUAAAAAUAAUAAAAAUAAUAAAUAUGAUAAAAACAAUAAAAAUGAUAAAAACAAUAAAAAUGAUAAAAAAAAGAAAAAAGGAAAGAAAAAAAAACAAAACAAUGAAGUGAUGUCCUUAUAUAAAACAGGUCAACAUAAACCAAAAAAUGCAAGAGACAAUGAUGAACAAAAUAUAUAUGAAAAAUUUAUAAAUGAAUUAACUAAUAAUUUAGAAAGUACUCUCCUUUUAUCAAGUUUAUAUCCAUAUAGUGAACAGGGAGGGUGUGGAAUUAUAUCUACCGUGCAUGAUGUCUUUUAUGAUAUAAAAGAAAAUGAUUACGAAAAUAAGGAUGAAGAAAAUAAAGAUGUAGACAAAAAAUAUGAACAGAAACAAGAAGAAACAUUGAAAGCCCUUGAUAAAAAAGAACGUAGACAAAAAGAAAAGGAAAUGAAAGAACAACAAAAAAAAGAAAAAGAAAGAAAAAAGAAAGAAGACAAGGAAAAAAAAAAACAAGAAAAAGAAAAAAAAGAACGAGAAAAGAAAGAGCGUAAACAAAAAGAAAAGGAAAUGAAAGAACACCAAAAAAAACAAAAAGAAAGAAAAAAAAAAGAAGGCAAAGAAAAAAAAAAAUUAGAAAAAGAAAGAAAAAUGAAAGAAGUCACAGAAAAGAAAAAACAAAAAAAACAAGCAAAACAAGCAAAACAAACAAAACAAACAAAACAAAUAAAACAAAUAAAACAAAUAAAACAAAAUGAAGAAAAAAUCCAACAACAACAACAGCAAACAAGUGAAGAAACGAACAAUGAAAUUAUGUUACCAGUACCCAUCCCAUUGACAGACGUAAGUAUACUACAAGAACAUAAAACAGAAGAAAAGAAAGAGGAAGUAAAACAUAAAAAAGAUACAAAAGAAAAAGCAGAAACACACAUAUUUAAAAACUUUAUAGGAACUGAACAUGAAGAUAAUAUACAAAUAAUAACCUUAGAAGAUAAAAAAACAUGUGAACAACAACACAUAACAGUAAAAAAUAAACCAUUAUAUCAAUUACAACAAAAAAUUAUACAACUUAAAUCAACAGAUGCAGAACAACAUAAACCAGCAGAUGCAUCACAACAAUUAACCUUAACAGAUAAAAAAGAUGUUAAAGAAAAACACUUAUCUAUGCAAGAACAAUUAAUAGGUAACAUAGGAAAGGUAAAUGUAGGACCGAAAAAGAAUGAUAAGAUUAAAAAUAUUACUAAGAAACAUGAAAAGAAAGUUCAAAAACACACACAUGUUGAUAAGAAGAAAGAAGAAACAGAAGAACACAAACAUGAUGAUAAGAAGAAAGAAGAAACAGAAGAACACAAACAUGUUGAUAAGAAGAAAGAACAAACAGAAGAACACAAACAUGAUGAUAAGAAGAAAGAACAAACAGAAGAACACAAACAUGAUGAUAAGAAGAAAGAACAAACAGAAGAACAGAAAUAUGAUGAUAAGAAGAAAGAAGAAACAGAAGAACACAAACAUGAUGAUAAGAAGAAAGAACAAACAGAAGAACACAAACAUGAUGAUAAGAAAGAGGACAAAAAAGAAGAAUCUGAAGAAGAUUCAGAUGAAGAAUCAGAAGAAGAAUCAGAGGAAGGAUCAGAAGAAGGAUCAGAAGAGGAAUCAGAAGAGGAAUCAGAAGAGGAAUCAGAAGAAGAAUCAGAGGAAGAAUCAGAAGAGGAAUCAGAAGGUGAAGACGAUGAUGAAGAUGAAGAAGAUGAAGAUGAAGAAGAUGAAGAAGAUGAAGAUGAAGAAGAUGACGAUGAAGAAGAUGACGAUGAAGAAGAUGACGAUGAAGAUGAUGAAGAUGAAGACGAUGAAGAAGAUGAAGAAGAUGAAGACGAUGAAGACGGUGAAGAAGACGAUGAUGAUGAAGACGAUGAAGAUGAAAACGAUGAUGAUGAAGACGAUGAUGAAGAAGACGAUGAAGAAGAUGAAGACGAAGAAGAUGAAGACGAAGAUGAAGAAGACGAAGAUGAAGAAGACGAUGAAGAAUCAGAAAAAAAUAAAAAAACAAAUUUGAGAAAAAAUGCCUAA